CCUUCGAAUCUUCCACUCUUUUAGGGAGUUUUAUAUUUUCGAGAAACCUCAUUGGAACAUUUGGAAAGAUGGGUUCUCUGCAACGACCCACAAAAAGAAUAGAACGAAGAAGUCAGCAACACAACAUGUUAUAAUCUCAUACUCAAGUUCUAAAAAAGACAGAGAGAGAGAGAGAUGAAUAUGAAAUAGCAAAAAAAAAAACCCAUUGGAGAAGAAAACUAGGAGAGCCCGGACGAGAUAAUGGCGUUUCCAAAGACUUUUUUAAACGUUUGUGGGAAUUGAAAAGAGAAAGAGAUGGUUCGAAACUCCGAAAAGUUCCAACACAGUUAGUUCUGGGUUUGCGCCAUUGGGGUUGAUUUCAGAUUUUUUUGGACUUCUGGAUUGUUUAAGAGAUGACGCUUGGGAGUGACGAAAGGAAAAAGUUUCAUUUACCAAAAAUCUUUCGAACAUGGGAGAAAAAAGCAAUUAAGAAGAGAGAAGGCUCCAUUGAUUCUUCUGUGGAGUUUGAAAGGUGCUCACCUUUUUCAGCUACAGCCAUCAAGAAAAGCUUGUCAGAAUCUACUUCAAAGCUAGGAAGUUUCAAGUUCAGAAGCCCCCGAUCUCCAAUGACAAAUGUUCCUGAUCUUCAAACUUUACGUGUUUUUGUGGCAACCUGGAAUGCAGGUGGAAAAUGCCCUCACAGUGACCUGAAUCUUGUUGAUUUUCUUCAGGUGGAAGAUCCAUCAGACAUCUAUGUUUUGGGUUUUCAGGAAAUAGUUCCCUUGAAUGCUGGAAAUGUGUUAGUUAUAGAAGACAAUGAGCCAGCAGCAAAAUGGCUAACUCUCAUCAACCAGGCCCUGAACAAAACUUCAGAUGUCAACACCUCCGACACUUCUGGAAAAAAAUUAAUAUCCAAAGAUUUGAAGCCCAAUGGUGGUCUACUAUUCUUCCAGAAGCCUUCUCUUAAAAAGGUCAGUAGAAGCUUAAAGGCACAGAAGGGAAGAGGCCUCAAGAGUUGCAACUGCCAUUCUGAGUUGGAAAGAAAGUAUAGUAAGGACUCCUGUUUUAGAUUCCAAGAAGUUUAUAUUGGUGAAGAUGACUCUUCCUCAGAAAAUGAAGAUGGUUCAAACAGUUUCCUGAUGACAGAGAUCACCACUAACCAGAUGAAUUAUAGCCUCAUAGCCAGCAAGCAAAUGGUGGGAAUUUUUGUCACUGUUUGGGCAAGGAAGGAACUUGUUCAGCACAUUGGACACUUGAGAGUCUCCUGCGUUGGGCGUGGAAUAUUGGGAUACCUUGGAAACAAGGGUUGUAUCUCUGUUAGCCUGUCUUUGCACCAAACAACCUUCUGCUUUGUCUGCAGUCAUUUGGCUUCUGGGGAGAAAGAAGGAGACGAGCUUAGAAGAAAUUCUGAUGUCAUAGAGAUACUGAAAAACACCCAAUUUCGAAAAAUCUGCAAAACACCCCAUCGUAGGAUUCCUGAGAGAAUUCUGGAACAUGAACGGAUCAUUUGGUUAGGGGACUUGAAUUACCGGAUUGCUUUGAGCUACUCAGAAACCCGAAAGCUUCUGGAGAACAAUGAUUGGGAUGCCCUUCUUGCGAAAGAUCAGCUCAAGAUUGAACAAGAAGCAGGACGAGUGUUUGAAGGGUGGAAAGAGGGGAAAAUCUACUUCCCUCCAACAUACAAGUACUCCAAUAACUCAGAUUCUUAUGCCGGAGAGACUGUAACAUCAAAAAAGAAAAGGAGAACUCCUGCAUGGUGUGAUAGAAUACUAUGGCAUGGGUAUGGAAUAGAGCAACUCAAUUACUUUCGUGGUGAGUCAAGGUUUUCUGAUCACAGGCCAGUUUGUGCAGUUUUUGAGGUGCAGGUAGCAGUUCUGGAUGGAAAAUCUAAGAACGCACUUUCUAACUCCAACAUGAAAGUUGAAAUUGAAGAGCUCUUACCUCCAACUGCUGCAAGAUAUUUGAGUAGACAAUGUGUCAUGGAAAAAACUUAAUAGGCAUGCAGUGGCUAUUGUUCUUUUUUCAGGGAACUACCAGAAAUCCAGACCUUAAUGAAGGACAAAAGCUAGGACUAAUACAAUUCAUCUUGUGCUGAUUUUCCCAUUUACUUUAAUUCUUUCUUUCUUGGAGUUAUUGGAGGGCUUAGAAUAGUCCCAUGCUCCUCAGAUAAAAAAUUGAUGUAUAUUAGAUUGAAAGCACAUAAUUUUCACUGGAA